GACUUGCCGGUCACAUGACUGCACAUUCUGCUCAUACAGGAAACCACCGUCUUCUCUUCUACUGUAUUUAAUCUGUUCACAAACAAGGUGCAUUCAUCCUUCUUCCAGCAGUCUCGGCCGAAGGGAACCCCUGAGCACCGAGCAGCAACCAUGGCCUGGACGUCGUACCAGCUUAUCCUGGCCGCAAUGAUGCUCGUGACGGGCUCCAUUAACACGCUGUCUGCCAAGUGGGCAGACAACUUCAGCGCUAAAGGAUGUAAUGGUGAAGCAACUCAUCAGUUCCAGCAUCCCUUCCUUCAGGCGGUGGGCAUGUUCUUAGGAGAGCUCUCUUGUUUGGCUGUCUUCUACAUCCUGGUCUUCAAGGACAGACGGUCUCCCCAGCCAACUAUGGCGUCUUCUGAACCCUUUAAUUCUCUCCUCUUCCUUCCACCAGCCAUCUGUGACAUGACCGGGACCAGCAUCAUGUAUGUGGCCUUGAACAUGACCAGUGCGUCCAGUUUCCAGAUGUUGCGAGGAGCUGUCAUUAUCUUCACUGGUCUUCUGUCCGUGGCGUUCCUGGGGAGGAAGUUGGAGUGCAGCCAAUGGGUCGGGAUCCUGGUCACCAUCGCUGGACUGGUCGUUGUAGGCUUGGCGGACUUACUAAGUGGCCACGGCAGUGGGAAGGACCUCAAUGAUGUCAUUACAGGUGAUUUGCUUAUUAUCAUGGCUCAGAUCAUUGUAUCUAUCCAGAUGGUUUUAGAAGAGAAAUUUGUCUACAAACAUAACGUACAUCCCCUCCGAGCUGUGGGAACUGAGGGUCUGUUUGGAUUUAUCAUUUUGACCAUCCUGUUGAUCCCCUUCUACUACAUUCCUGCCGGCGGCUUCAGUAACAGCGAACGUGGAGUUUUAGAGGACUCUCUGGAUGCCUUCUGCCAAAUGGGUCGCCAGCCUCUAAUCAUCCUGGCCCUGAUGGGUAAUAUCACCAGCAUCGCCUUCUUUAACUUCGCUGGCAUAAGCGUGACCAAGGAGAUCAGUGCCACCACCCGCAUGGUGCUAGAUAGUCUGAGGACUGUGGUCAUCUGGGUCGUCAGCUUGGCCGUGGGCUGGGAACAGUUCCAUCCGUUGCAAAUUCUUGGCUUUGUCGUCCUCUUGUUUGGAACGUGCCUUUACAAUGGACUCCACAGAAAGCUCAUGUGUGGACCGUGCAAGGAGCAGAGCGAGGAGACACAAGGCCUCCUAAACGAAGAACGGACAGUGAUUAAUAGUGACAGUUAAUGGGGUCAACCAAGAUCCCUGGCACUAGAUUUUAAUUUAAUUUCGCAGCCAAACUUCUUCCCGAGGACUGUUGUUUUAUUAUCAAAGAGUGUUCCAAUUUUAUUUGAGAAAUGUGGACACAGAAGUAUUCUAGAUUUUAAAAAAAAAGGACUUAGUAAACCUUAGAGGGGUUUUACAUUUUAAGCAAAAUUCAGGUAAACACCUGUAAUGAUAUUUGACAAUUUAAGGAUAUCCAUUUGUAAACAAGUGCCUGUUAUUUAUAAAUUCAACCAUUUAAUACUUUUCUUGGGGCGAAGGCUUUUCCACAGUUUAUUAAUUAUAAGUAAAAUGAUGGAUGAUAAGGAUUCAAUGUUCAUACAUGAGCUGGAUUAAGUCUGCCUUCACACUUUGGUGACCGUGUAGUGUUGCACAUUUUUUUUUGAUCCAAAAUAAAGGUUUAUUGAAGCACCAAAAUAAAUUUACAUACAUCGAGAAUACUUCCAGUCAUAGAUCAUUAAACAGCAAUCCAUUACACAUUUCAGCUUUGGUAAACCUUAGCCUUACAGCAUCAACCGAUAUGACAAAAUCCACUCCCAUCCAAGUGUUGCACAUUAACACACAUUAAAAUAUGAUACAACA